GACCCCCCCCCUCCUCCGCGAUCCCUGUGUGUAAGUUCGUUUCAUUUCAACUGUAUUGACUCAAUAGUAUUGACCUAUUGACUAUUGAAUUGAAGAACGAGAACGAAUAUUAUAUUUCAAAAAUUUCAAAUUCGAUUAGAGAGUAGACAGACAGACUAGACUACCAGGACCUACCCUCAAAUCAUCAUCAAAAUGUAAUAAUGUAUAUUUAUUUAUUCAAAAUUCAAAUCUCCUCUUGAUUGAAUCUCCGUCAGUUGUUCUUGUUCUCCUUCUCUGUAUCUGUUUUCUUUCUUAACAUUUUUUUUGGAGUUGAACGAAGCAUCCUCGAGCGUAUCCGAACAUUUCCGAAUAUGAAUAUGUAUACCUCCUCAUUCCUCCCAUAAUUUGCUGCUGAACAUUGCUGAAGCAUUUUUUGUUAUCAAAGUUCUACUCUUUUUAUCAUGAAGUGUGAUGACUGAAUUGACUGAUGAGAGUAUGAGAGUUGAAGUGUGCUUUUCAAUUUUUCUGUAAGAAAGUUUGAUUUUUGUUGAAUAUUUCAGUCCGGUUGGUCUCUUAAACUUAAAAAUAACAUUAUUACUCGUAUCAUGAAAAAUAGUCAAAUAUAAUGACAGUAAUGCAAUUUUUUUUUGCGGAGCAUUAGCGAUUAUUUUGUAUUAUUCAGUUUCAACUAUGCGUGUUUUAAGUGCUGUUGGAAGAUCGAAAUAUCUGCAGAAUGUAAAGAGUUUGAAGAUACGACGGUAUUCUUCUGCUGUAGUUUCCGAGUCCAAAGAAGAUGCAAAGGUUGAAUAUCCAGAAAUUCUUGAUAUUUCCGAAAUUCCAAGAGAAUUGAGAAGAAAAGCAGCCUACUAUAAAAAAAUCCAGAAACUCAAUACUGUGGAAGAAAAACUGAUAGCUUUGAAUAUCGCUAGAUAUUAUGGCUGGCCUAGCUUUCACCUUAAAGAAGGAGUAAUUCCGUAUAACUUCCUACCAUUUUCUCAAUUCAUUACUCGAACUGAGUUGAAAGAAGUUGAUGAGUUACCGGUGUAUUUGAAUAACGACCAGACGAGAAAAUUAUUGGCUGAUAUAAAACCAGAAUUGGAGAAAGUGGUCGUAUUUGAAAAUUGUUUGAAGAAUUUCAAACAUGAAGUUGAAACCUGUUUGUUAGAAGAGAAUGAAUUACCAAACGUGGAAAAGAAAAAUAUCAAGACGAAAAAUUUAAUUUUUCAAAUAAAUAGUGUGCUAUUUCGUGUUUUACACCAUCAAUAUCCUCAUAUUUUUAAAACUCAAAUUGAUUAUGAACCGCGACUUGAGGCAUUUUGGAGAGUUGGUGGAUUUCAUCCUACGAAAGAAGAUAAAAAACUUAGAGAACGAAAAGAAAUGUCCGAAACUCGUUGGGAUGAAUACAUUGAUCGGUUUUUCCAGUAUUUCGGAUCGCCUAUACUGCAGAUAAGAAGUACUCUCCCUCUACCUGAAAUUACCACUCUUGAGAAUAAAGUCCAAACCAGUGUUGAUGAAAAUGAAUCGAGUUCUCUAAUAACAAGUGAAGAAAAACCACACUUGACUGAUUACGGCUUACAAGAAUAUCGAUAUGAUCCUAAAACUUACCUCGAAAUUCCUAGAGAAAGAAUAAGAGGUGCUGUGAUACCAGGAUUUUGGCCAAAUGAUCCUUACCGUUUUGGACUCGUGUCGUAUCACGGUACAAAUUAUUUGUCAGAACGUCCCAUUUACGAUUCCCAAGACAGUAAAGAAGCUUUACACGCUCAAGCGAUCUUAGCCUCAUACGCGUGGGCAUAUGGCCAAGCGUGUUAUCAAGGAUUUUCCACUUAUUAUGACAUAACGUACCCGUUCACCACGCAAACUAUUCUCACUGAUGGCAAGAUUUUUUCAUUUUAUCAGUAUCAAAUGAAUACCACUGUACUUCAUACCUAUGGAACGAAUCCAGAAAAUCCGUUGAAAAACAAUUGUUUCGCAACCCUUCCCGAAGAGUUGUACCACGAUAUUGACGGAGAUCAAAUUAAAGGAUGGAACGAUAAAGCACUUUUGCAUUUAAUAUCCAUGUACAUUAAUGCUCCCAAAGAAAGAGUUGGAGUGGAUUUAUGUCCGUAUUUGAACAAAGACGAAAAAUUACUAUCCCAAAUCAAGGAUGACAAAAGACGGAACUGGUUACACGAAUUUUAUCAACAUACGGCUUCUCAUAGACCUUCGCACAGGUUACCUCCGGAAAUUUAUGACUGGGAAAGAAUUUACAAAAUUGAAAAUAAGCGAAGAGUAUUGGAUGCUAGAAAGAAAUUCUGGGAAAAAUUCUUGGAUCCGAUUAAUGAUCGCAAAAUGUACGAGUAUGAACAGUACGUGCCUAAAAAAUUCAGAGAUCCAGCCAAAAUGAAACAGAGAUACGCUGAUCACCACUUUCCAAAUGCUUGUCAAGAUUAUCAUGAUAUUGUUUAAAUCUGUCGUUGCGAUUAAAAUGUUAGUCUUGUAA